ACCGGAAGCUUGUUUUAUUUUCAUCCGGUACAGGCACCGGCUGUAGCCAAGCUGUAGACCACAUGCACAACUGAGCUUAUUAUAGUGUUAAAUCAUGGUGGUGAAGAAGAAAACUACUAAAGUGGAGGCGGUGGCAUUAGAUGAGGACAAGCUAUGCCAGCUUAUAGCGUCUCUCUCUGUGGACGUAGACGCAGAUGGAGUCAAACAUCUUGCCCAGACGCUGCAGACCUGCUUACAGCUGACUGACGCCGUGCAGCAGAUCCAACUGAUUAAAAAGGCUGGAUCCCAGUUGGAGGCUCUGAGUGAGGAAGACGGUGGUGAAGCACUGGAUGCUUGUCUGAAUGCCCUAUCGCUGAUCUACACCUCUGUGCAGGCAAAGAACCCCCUGAGACGGGCUGCAGCCAGUGCUUUGAGUUCAGUGCCUCAGUGUCUUCAGGGACGGGCUGCGGACAGUCUGUCCUCCUGUUUGUCCGACUGUCUGUCCAGUCCGUCCUCAGAACAGCAUCCACACACCAUCGACACCAUCGCCUCCUGCCUGAAUGGCUUCCAUCUUGGUGAAAGAUGCAUUAACAAGCUGCUGCUUCAAGUGUUAAAAUUCAUCUGCGAGGUUUUACACAAAUACCUUCAGCAGAACAGCGGUCUUGCAGGGCGCCACAUCGCCCAGGCCCAGCUGAUGCAGUCCUGCCUGGCUGCGGUGAAAACGUCCAUGCUGGUUCUCCAGAGGUCUGAGGGCGCCAUCGGGGCGGCGCCGCCGGAGUCGCUGGGCGGCCUGCUGAGCUGCUACAUCCACAUCCUCACUGACGAAGAGUUCAUCCAGGCGGUCCAGAGCACAGCAGGCAUGGCCGUGGUUCUGCUCAUCAGGUCCGUCAUGGGCGCCGGAGAUGAAGUCGCCUCAGUGGUGAGCAGUUUGCUGCGUGGCGCCGCUCCGGGUUUGGACUCGGCCCCGCGGUGGCUCCAGCUGAGGUGCGAGGCUCUGUGUACGAGCGGACGGCCUCCGGGUGUGGCUCUGUAUCUGAGCCACGGCGCUCUGGCCAUGUUGAGCUGGAAAGGCUCUCUGCCCGGGCCGCAGUGGGAGGAGCUGCUGCUGCUGGUCCCAGAGACGCUGCUGGACCUGGACGUCAGUGUAAAGGAGUCCAGCACAGCCAUGGUCGUGGCUCGGGUGUUGACCCUGUGGAGCGGCGCCGCUCUGGACUGCCUGCAGAAGGAAACGGGCCUCUGUCCUCCCAGCCUCCAGGUGGCGCUCCGCGGUGACUCCAAACUGCAGCACCACCUGCUGGAGCACAUCUACUCCCACUGGGAGCAUCCUCUGGACGGCGUCCGCCACCAAACCCGCUCUCUGUUCCACAACCUCCUGCUCCUGCACCGGCGCACGAAGCCGGCGGACUCGGACUCGGCCUCCGAUCCGUACGUGGCGGAGUUGACCCGCAGCCUGCUGGGCCUGGAGUGGCACAUGAGGGGGAAGUACGGCUCCCUGGGCUGCCUGGUGGAGCUCUACGGGGCGGAGCACCUGCUGGCCGUCCAGCCCCGUCUGCCCUCUCUCCUCCUGGACCUGAUGGGCGAUCAAACGCUGGCUCCGUACGCGAGCGACCUCCUGGAGAGGCUCUUCGUCAGCCACAAGGCGCAGCUGUCGGGACGGGAAUCGGACUGGAUGGAGCUGUGGCACCGGAUCUGGGUGAACCCCCUGCUGGACGUUCUGUGCCACACCAGGCCGGACCAGACCACCUACAUACUGGACUACUUCCUGCCCAAGCUGCUGCGGUGCAGUCCCUCCAGUCUGGCACACAUGGUGCACGCCCUGCAGGGGGCGCGGCCUUGCAGGACAGGUCCUUCAUCCAGCAGAGGAGCUCUGGGAGCCUUGAUGACCUGCCUGCGGGCGGCCAGAGCCCAGGGACUCGCCGCAGCCUCAGAGGAGAGUCUUUGGGGCGGAUUGGUCCCACUCUCACUGCUGCGACAAGCACUCGUCCACAAACACGAUCAGGUGAGGAUGGACGCUCUGGGUUUGGUGUGUGAGAGUCACCGCAGCACCAAGGUCCUGACCUCACAGGAAAUGGAUCUCAUUCGCCAUUUCCUCCCUCCCAAUCUGAACAGCCAAUCACCAGGCGUCAGGCAGCAAACCGUCAGCCUGAUGAAGAAGUUGCUCUGCAGGGUGAAGGACAGCAGCCAGCUGCUGCAGAAGAGACCCGUGCAGGAGCGCCGGGCUGAAGACCAGCGCUCCCUGGCUCAGUACAGGGCUUUUCUUCGCUGGCUGUGUGGGAACCUGCUGGAGGUUUUGCUCCCUGGAGCCUCCUUCUCCAAAUGCCUCCUGUCCCUCAGCCUGCUGAACCUGCUGAGUCAGCUCUUCUCCUUCACUGCUGGUAUCCUUGAGCCCGCCACGUUUGCCCUGGGCGAGGUCGUGACCCCCGCACACGCUCAGAACGUCCUGAACUGCGUGGCCAGCAACUUCCUGGAAGUCAAGCAGCUCGCCACGUCGUUGCUGAGCCAGCUUCCUCCGUCCGCCGUUGGACUCCAGGUUCCGGAGACGAUGCUCUCUGUUCUCCGGGCCGCUCUGGACCUCAGCACCAGCACCAAACCCUACGACAGCGUCACCGCCGCCCACCUGCUGCACCUGCUGCUGCAGCAGCCGGACCUGAUCCCGGUUCUGCUGCGAUGCGAUCCGGGUCUGGACCUCCAGAUCCGGCCUGAGGCGUCCCGAUCGCUCAUCCUGGAGCUCAACGCGCUGGCUGUGGUCCGGUUGCUGCUGCGCCGUCUGCAGGCGGAGCUGUCCGGAGCCGAGGCGUCGCUGCUGCAGGCGGCCGCUUCGUUUCCGCUCUACGGCAGAGCGCACUGCAUCACUGCCGUCCUGCAGCGUCUGAGCACAGAGUGUUUGAGUCAGACAGAGCAGUGGACGGGUCUGGUGUCAGAGCUGAUCGCCAUGUGCUACCGGAUGUCCGACGUGGUGUCCCCGGUGGUCCAGAGCUCGUCCCCAGAGGGACUCAUCCCCAUGGAUACCGACUCCGAGACAUCCGGAGGUCUGCAGAGGAUCCUGCAGGAGAUUCAGCCCAGAGACUCCAACGACUUCUUCAACAGCGCCAGAGAGCUAGAGAAACCCGAAGGAGAUGAUCGAAGUCAGGCCCAGACGCAGCGCACACCGCCACCAAACGCAGAUGGAGAGGGCUACAGGGUGACGGCUCAGAUGGUGCUGGUAUGUUGCUGGCGGAGCAUGAAGGAAGUGGCCAUGCUGCUCGGCCAGCUCUGUCAGACUCUGCCUCUGCACUACAGCAAUGAAAACGAGCCAACACACCCCGGGCUAAUCACAGAGGAGCAGGUGGAAGGAGUCGGUUUGUACUUCCGCCAGCAGCUCCUGCAGUCCCGCCAUCGAGGCGCCUUUGAACUGGCGUACGUGGGCUUCGUACGGCUCACCGACAUGCUCUGCAGGAGCGGCAGUCGGAACCUGCAGCAGCUUCCGUCCCGCUGGCUUUCCGAGGUUCUGGAAGAGGUCAAAUCCAGCGACCCGACGUCGAAGCUGUGUGCCACACGGCGAAGCGCGGGAAUACCGUUCUACAUCCAGGCGCUGCUCUCCUCGGAGCCGAAGGCGUCCAGCUGCAGCCUGCUGAAGGCGACCAUGAGGCAGCUGAUCACUCUGGCCUCGCCGGCGGCUGACAGGAACACCGACGCCUCCACCGUGCCUCAGGUGCAUGUGCUGAACAUCCUCAGAGCUCUGUACAGAGACACUCGUCUGGGGGAAAACAUCAUUCCCUUCGUCUCAGACGGGAUGCAAGCUGCUGUGCUGGGAUUCACCUCUCCUGUGUGGGCGGUGAGGAACUCCUCCACGCUCCUCUUCAGCACUCUGAUCACGAGGAUCUUUGGCGUGAAGAGAGGGAAAGACGAACACUCAAAGAAGAACAGGAUGACGGGUCGGGAGUUUUUCACUCGUUUUCCCGCUCUCUAUCCGUUCCUCCUGAGCCAGCUGGAGGAAGCUGCAGCCACCGUGGAAAGUGACAGCGGUCAUGUGACGCUCCACCCCAGCCUGUUCUUGCUGCUGCUGGUGCUCAGUCGCCUCUACCCCUCGCCCAUGGAUGGGUCAUCCUCUCCUCUGGGACUCGCUCCUUUCAGGCCCUUAAUCAUAAGAUGCAGUCGGUCGGCCGUGUACCGAACCAGAGAGAUGGCGGCCCGGGCUCUCGUCCCGUUCGUACUCGUCACCCAGAUCCCGUCCACCGUCCGGACCUUACUGCAGGAGCUCCCUCCAGAACCGGGACCCGGCGUCCAACAAAACCACAUCCAUGGCGCUCUGCUGCAGGUGCUGUUUCUGCUGCGCUCCUUCCAGGCCGACUCACACAGACCCCUGCCAGCAGGAAGUGGCAUCGGAGAGGCCCUCCGUCGGCGCAUGUGGCUGGCUUCUAGGCUGAAUUCCUGUUUGGUGACCAGAGGAGCCUUUCUGGACGUGCUGAUGUGUCUUUGUGGGCCAAAGACCAGCCUUCUGGAAGAUUCAGAGGUCAGCGCUCUUCGUCAGACGACACUUUCCAUCCUCGUGGUCUCUGAACUGUUGACCUCCGACUCGUCCUCGGCUCCGCUCGGCCCCGGCAGCACGCAGUACCUGCUCAGCCUCGCCCAGGUGGGCCUCAGUGCGAGUGUGGAUUGUCCUGACCUGUGGAGAGGCGUCGAGCAGAGACAGCAGCUUCUGGACAGUCUGCUGCGUAGCCCGCUUUAUGAGGUCAGGGAGCUAGCAUUGGAGGGUAUCCUGAGGAAGCUGCAUGAAGAGGAGGGGGACGAAGCCAAGAGGAGGCCUCUGUGGCUCAGUGAGACCACGGUGUCCGACCUGACCAACAUGGCCGUUCAAGAGCGACACCAGCAGUGUUUAGCAAAGGUCCUGCAGGUGUUGUGUGUGUUGGGCUCCAGCGGUGAGCUCUUGUGGAACGACGGUGCAAAGACUUUAUCCCAGAAGGAGAUUCUGAUCCACCUACUUACUCUGGCUGAGAACUUUACUCACAGUGUGGAGCUCCUCUGUGCUGCAGUAACACUGGCCUCCCAGCUGGUGGUGGCGCUGGUGAGCUCUGGUCAUCAGGAUCCGGGUGCAGUGGCGUGUUUCGCCCAGUGGGGGGCUCUGGUGUGCUCCUGCUCUGCUGAAGAGCAGCCGGUGGAGGUGAAGCUGAUGGUCGCCAAGGUGCUGGUCACCUGUUCAUCCACGCUGAUGACCAACCCUGAGCUGCCGCUGGGUUUUGCUGCUACCGUGUCGCUAUGGAGCAGUCUGUUCACGCUGCUGCAGGACGAAGACCAGGAAGUGAGAGACGCUGCCUCCGACUUCACCUGCUGUGUUCCAGCUCACCUGCUCAGCUCAGAUGCUGCCGGCGUGUCCGUUUGUCCGCCAGCAGCCUUGGACCUGGGAGUGGGGCUCCUGUGUGGGAUGUUUGACCUGUGGGGGCAGCAGGGAGCCGGGCUCCUCGCUCUCACCCAGUGGCUGAUGGGAGAAGAGGAUGGCAGCGAUGAAGACGAGGCAGAGGAAGCUUCCUGUCUGGAUGAAGAGGACUUCCUGUUUGAGAAGGGCGAGUUGAACCUUUGGGCCGAGCCGCUGCAGUGGGUGCAGCUGCUGCACCGACACCUCCGCUCCCUCCUGGCCCGUUUGGGUCAGAACCAGGUUGUGGAUCCGGACCAGCUGGGUCAGAUCCAGACACAGGCCCGGGCCAAACUCCUCGCCUCCCAGCAGGCUCUGGACCGCCUGCCUGAGCUGCCGCAGUUCUGCUGCGCCGCGGAUCACACCCGGCUGACGCUGCGGCGCCGCAGGGCGGAGCUGGUUCUGGAUCUGCUGCACGGGUUCCAGGCAACGGGUUCAGGACUGUAAGAACUUAGAGUAUUUUAAAAUGUUCAACCUGUUUCUACUGGAUUUAUGUUUUAUUCCAUCAAUCAAGGUGUUUUAUUUAUGUCUUAUUAAAAUCAGAUUUUUAAUUAAUUUGUUCCUUUUCUUGAGAUGAACCUGGAUCUUCUCUACAGAACUAAAAAUUUACCACGCAUGUGAUUCCAGCCCCCAGUUAAACUGAUACCUCUAAAUAAAAUCCAGUAAAACCAA